AUGUACUUUAGCUGGACUUGGAUGUUUUGGCCUUGGUUUCUGGCUCUAUCAAUCGGGGUUUACGGGUUCUACUGCUUUCGGAAGCAUUUACAAGGUGAAGCUAGCAUCUUUGAGCAACUUGCCAUUGUCACUUCAGUGUUUUCUUGGCUCACACUAGUCCCACCUGCCCAUUUCAAUGGCUUCCUUGAAGGUUGGCCUUAUGUGUUCUUCUUUGUCUACCAUUACUUCUUUUUCUUUAAUGUUAGUGUGAGGAAACGGUUAUAUGGAGAUUACUAUGCUCGCCCGCAUGACCCCAAGUGGGAUGUGAGCCCACCAAAGUGGUUGCGUCUUUUGUUCUGUGCCGGGGUCAUGGCUGGUCACUGGCUGGCCGCAUUUGAAGGGCCAGAGCUUCACCGCAUUCCUGGCGGGUGGAGCAAUGUAUGUAUUUGGGUUUUGAUAUUGGUGACUCUGCUAGUGCAAUAUAACGCAACAUUGUAUCUUGCAAAGUAUUCAGAAAAGGUGGUGGUGCCAACUGCUGUUGUACAGUUUGGGCCUUACCGGUGGGUACGCCAUCCAAUAUAUUCAUCUACGAUGCUUCUGUUCGCCACAUAUUUCAUUGCGCUUCGAGCACCUUUGAGCUUGCUAUUCAUCGUAGCAGUUUGUUCGUUGUACUAUGAUCAGAAGGCAAAGCAGGAGGAGGCUUUGAUGGUUGAGACUUUUGGGGAGAGGUAUGUGGAGUAUGCGAGUAAAGUUAGGUACAAGUUCAUUCCUUUUAUCUAUUAG